AAACCCCUUCCUUGCUCAGCUUGUUCUGUCGUCUCGGCCUUCGCCUCGCUCUCCAUCCAUCCCCUGCCCUGCCAUCACCUCCGUCCCAAACUCCCAAAUCCGCGGCGACCUCAACAGAAAAAUAAAAGCCGCCUCCUUUACCAAACGGAGAAGCAAAAUUCGCGGAUUGCCCCACCCGAUCGCCGGCGAAUCGACCCGACGCGGCCCGACCGAACGGCCCAUGGCCGGAACCGGGCGGCUCGACCGCCCGAGCGACUCGCCGGCGAGGUGGGACGACGACGGCGACCGCGUCGAAGGCCUGGCGGGAUUCAACAUAUUUGACCAAGAGGAAGAAGAGUCACCAGCCAAAAAUGGCACAGCCAACAGCCAUGAUACAACCGAAAAUGUCAUAGAGACAGAACCAGGAAAGUGUUUCUACGAUGAACCGCUUCACGAGCAUACAGGCAUCUGGGUGCCUGUUUCCGUCCCUCCGAUGACGGCACAGGACCGUGAGGAAUGGCACAGGGGGUUUGGUUGCAAUGGCGGUUACUUCCCGGAAGAAGAAUUUAGCUGGGAGCUGGAUGAGGAGAAUAAAGAGAUGACAAUGUGGGAUGUGUUUGCCGAUAUGGUUGUUGCAGCAAAAGAUAAAGUGAUAUCUGCUGCAACAUAUGAUUUUGGGAGGUGCGGGAUGUCAGUGGUAUCCAACUUCUUUCUCCAAGAAGCCUGGAAGGAUAUGGCGCAAACACUUGCCGAUGCCAAUGCUGGUAUUGCAAACGAGCUACUUGAGACAGAGCCAACAAAGUGGUUGCCUGACAGUGCUGCUACCUCUUGCAUGCUCUGUGGCGUGCGGUUUCAUCCUAUAAUGUGCUCUCGCCAUCAUUGUCGUUUCUGUGGUGGAGUAUUUUGCAAUGGUUGUACAAAGGGUAGAAGCUUAAUGCCUCCAAAAUUUAGGACUUCAGAACCUCAGAGGGUUUGUGAUGUCUGUGGAGUGCGGCUUGAGAGUAUACAACCACAAUUGAUGAAUCAGAUCAGUCGUGCGUCUCAACUUCCAACUCAGGAUGUGACAGACCUGAGUACCCUGAGGUCAUGGCUGAACUUCCCUUGGGCACACACAAUGGAAUACGAGAUAUACAAAGCUGCGAAUUCUUUACGCAGCUACUACAAGGUGGGAAGACUGAAGCCAGAGAAGGCUAUCCCUGAUGCUAUUCUUAGACAAGCAAAAGGUUUUGCUAUAGUUACUGUGGUAAAGGUCGGAAUGAUGGUUACAUAUAAGCUUGGUACUGGGCUGGUGGUUGCUCGAAGGGCCGAUGGCUCCUGGUCACCUCCUUCAGCAAUCUCCACCUGUGGUGUUGGAUAUGGAGCUCAGGCUGGAGGUGAGAUAGCUGACUUCAUCAUUGUUCUAAGGAAUACGGAUGCCAUCAGAACAUUCAGUGGGAAGGCACAUCUAUCUGUUGGUGCUGGUGUUAGUGCUUCUGCUGGUCAUGUUGGACGAGUAGCUGAGGCUGACUUCCGUGCUGGUGAUGGUGGUUAUGCUGCAUGUUACACAUACAGUUGUAGCAAAGGCAUUGUCUACUGUUAGAGGUGAAGGGCGGGCCUAGUGCAGCGGUAGAGCCUACCGUCUGUAACCGGAAGGUCCCGGGUUCGAGCCCUAGCCUCUGCACAUUUGUGUGGGUAAGGCUUGGGGCUUAAAAACAACCCUUCCCCAGACCCCGCACAGUGCGGGAAGCCUACGGCACUGGGUACGCCCUUUUUUUUUUGUCUACUGUUAGAGGCAGUAUGGGAUACUUAGUUUGCUGAUGGUAAUGAUAGUUUAAGUUCAUAGUUUCUUAAUUGAAAGUUGAAAAGAUGCAAGUUUUUUUCCAUGCAAAUUAGAGAAGUGCAUGACAUCUACAAAGUUUUAAGCCUGCUAAUUCAUAAAAUAAAAGGUGCAUUACACCCUGUUGGCUUCAAGGAAGAUCCUAUCUUUUUUUUAUCUCUAAAACUUAGUCUUUUUAUAUAUAAUUCUGACUCUCAAAUUCCACCGGAGAGGUGAUCAAGUUUUGAGCUACUAUGGACUUGUUCUUUGUGGACAUUAGCAAUGCUAAAGGCGUUAUGAUAAGCUUAUGGAAGCUGGGAGCACUGUGCAAUUUUCAUUUACACGGCCAAGGCAGACAACUUGAUGCUGGUGGUGUGUGAAAUCAACCAAAUAAUUGGAUAAAAAUACUACCUCAAAACCAAAUAUAUAGGCCCUGUUCGGCUGGAAUUAAGAGGUUGGGCUGGUCCAGCCAGCCAAGAAUCUGGAGUGGCGCCGCACGUCCAGUCACGCCGUGACGCUGCACGUCGCCAGCCAAGCAAUAGCAUACAACCAGCCCAGCCACGGCUUAAGCCAGCAAGCCGAACGGGCUGAUACAUUGACCACCGUUUGCUAGAUAUUUUUUUGGCGCUACUCGCUAGAAGUAAUAAAUAUGCCAUGUUGCAUAGCAACUUUUUUUAAAAAAAAAAUCAUUUAGAUAUUGAUUGUAGCUUGUUAGCCCCAUUGUAGAUGACAAUGAGUUCAUCAUAUGGAUUUGGUGGUGCUUACAGUCGAUGAUAGAAAUGAGUAUUACUUUAAAAAAAGAUAGAAAUGGGUGACAAGUUACCUCAUUGGUUCAUUCAUGCAAUCUGCUUAGUGACAUCUUUAUUUUGAUAACAAUAAUGCAUUACUUAAUUCAUUACAAGUGCCUGUGGGUUAAUAAGUUUGAUCAAAUAGACCUAUUACAGAUUUUUUUCUGAAACCACUUAUUAUGUAUAUCAUGUCUU